AUGGUUGUAUGGAGGCUAUUAAUUGCAGGUUUGCAGGUAAUCGAUAGAGGUAGGCGGUGGCGGGUCGGACCAAGCGCUGGCGGUGUGCGUGACGGAUCAUGGCGGAGCGGGGGGGAGCCCUCGUUAAACGCACCCGCCGCGACGCGGCCUGCAGCCAUCCGGCCCCCGGGCGACACACGGCCGGGAUUGGCCGCCGCGCCGCCCGGCCCGACCCCGUCAGCCAAUCCGCUCGCAGUCGGCCGCACGCCCACGGAGCGUCCGCGGCCCGCGCUCAGACCGCGCGCGACUCCGCCGCGCACACUCGCACCGAUGCGCGGCUCCUGGGACGAGUCCACCACGGCGGCGCUGCACGCGCGCAUCCUGGAGGCGCACCGCGGGCCCGCUGCGCCCGACCGCGCCGCCGAGCCCGCUACUUGUACUGAGCCUGCUCCGCCGCUCACCAUUAAUUCCAUCGAGCUGGCCGCGCCGACUCCUCUGCUGCCCUUACCGACGCUGUCUUUCAGCGCCGAACAAGUUGCCACCGUUUGUGAAACCCUGGAGGAGAGUGGCGAUGUGGAACGGCUCGCGAGGUUCCUGUGGUCGCUGCCGGUGGCACAUCCAAAUGUUGCCGAACUGGAGCGCUGCGAGGCUGUCCUGCGAGCCCGAGCGGUGGUCGCCUUCCACGCGGGCCGACACCGCGAGCUCUACUCCAUACUGGAGCGCCACCGGUUUCAACGUUCGAGUCAUGCGAAGCUGCAAGCUCUAUGGUUAGAAGCGCACUACCAGGAGGCCGAGAGACUUCGAGGGCGUCCUCUGGGCCCGGUCGAUAAGUACCGCGUCCGCAAGAAGUUCCCCCUGCCUCGGACCAUUUGGGACGGAGAACAAAAAACGCAUUGUUUCAAGGAGAGAACGCGUUCACUAUUGAGGGAGUGGUACCUGCAGGACCCGUACCCGAACCCGACCAAGAAACGGGAGCUGGCGGCGGCGACGGGCCUAACGCCGACGCAGGUCGGCAACUGGUUCAAGAAUCGACGGCAGCGGGACCGAGCCGCUGCCGCCAAGAACCGCUCGGCGCUGCUCGGCCGGGGCUUCGCCUCCUCCUCCACCUACGACGAGGACUCGGCCGACUCCGAAAUCAACGUCGAGGAGGAGUAG